AUGGUGGAGUUUUCCAACAUUCGUCUUAUACAUCUUCAUGAGAGUGAUGAAGCUCUCACUUUGAACGCUCAAAAGGAUUCUUUUCAGCGGUGGUAUCCACACUUUACAAUUAGAGGCAUGAGGGGAAAUAUUCUUAUCAGGUUAAAGUCGGCCUGCCGUGAAGAAGCGUGGCAGGCUUUCGAAAAAUCUUCUAUAACGCAGCACCUGAACAGCUUUUUACAUACCGAGAUCUUAAAGAAGAAUUUGCUAGCAGUCCCUCAUGUAAAAUUUAUUUCUGAUUUUUCUUCUGAUCUACCAUUUUUCAUGAUAGUGAUAAUGUUAAGAGUUGAUUGCAUGCUAAGACAUCGUCUUGAACGAUCACGAAGUGUAGGAGAUUGUGAAACGGACAUGCAUAAGGCUUUGGAACGUAGAAGAGCGACUCCUUCAGAGUUUUUAUGCUGGUUGACUCGCUCCUUCCAAGUACCGAAGACUUUCUGUUAG